AUGCAGCGUUUGUUCUACUAUCAGCUUUUCUACCUCUGGGCAGCGAUCAAAGAACGCAACAGCCAAAGCUCCCAUCACUCAGAAGUCAUCACCGGGGUCAAGGACCUCCCACCGAGUUCCGAGCAGCAGUCCAGGUGGGACAAGAAGAAAAACCCGGAUGCACCAACAAGACAUCUAACAAACACGCCUCGCUCAAAAUACCCCCGGAUCCACAGCGCACGCAAGGCCGGACAGCCUGCCUUCGUUCGAGCUCGUCUAGACAAGACAAAUCGACGAGUCCCCCAGGAUUACGUGGGUGCUACUGGCAAGUUGGCGUCAGUUGCCUACAUCACCUUCAACAAUGGCGGCAGCCAUUUGACCAGUGAUGAAAUGUUCCGUGCGUAUUGCCAGGCCGAUGCAGGUCGCGAGCGCAUCAUAACGCAAUGGAAUUAUGACCCAUGUGUCUUCCUUUCGCAGAAGGCCCUAUACAACUCGUCGAAUUAA